GGAGAAACAUCGCACAAGCAAUGAGCCACAGGGCCGGCCAAUCACUUGUUCUCUUAUUCAUAUUGGUGUGCCUCAGUCAAGGCUUCAGAUGUCGAUUCGCUCGCCUGCCAUUUCACGGCAGCGGCCCGUGGUGGCUGCAACGAAAUGACUUCAUCUCGUCAACAUCUAUCGAUUCCUAAUGGCAAAAGAGGACAGUAUGCCGUCAAUGCAUAGACACCCAACCACGGCAGUUGCAGGCCCGCCUCUCCAGUUCCUGGUGCCAACAGUCGAGAAUGCGAUGCCCAAGCGGCGAUGUUUGCAGCCGCAACGCAUGGUAGUGUGCCACAUCUCUGUCUUGAGUCGCCGCCAUUUUCCCGAAGAGCCUCAUGGCGAUAUAUGGCAGCUGCUCCUCGACUGGCUGCCUCUGUCCACAUUUAAACCCUCGUCAUCCUUUGAAGUUCAAAACUCGUUCUUCAACCAUACUGUGUUGCUUGUCACAUCUCCCGGGGCCCUUUGCAGGCUCUGUCGGUCCCCCGGGUGACAGAGCACUCUCACGAGAUGCCAAUUCUUUUCCCCGACCAAUCCAGGGCUGUACAGGAACGGGUCACAACAGGUGUCGCCCUCCUUUUGAAACAUCUUUGACCUUACCGCAUAUAUGUGGCACUAUGCUUCUCCGGCUUUCUCUCUCGCCGGUCUUCAAUUAUUCAUCAUUUGUACCCUGCAGUGCCUCCACGCCGUUUAUACCCAAACGAGGAGCUGUUUGUACACCGCAUCUACUGCCGUGGCACAAAUACGGUCCACUCAGCGCUUCUCAUUGGUCGAUAUCGACUCACUGGCCAAGCGCCGGCCGCAUAUGGUUCGCUGUUCCACUCCCCUAUUUGGCCUGACAAGUCUGGCUGACUUCGUAGCAUCUCUCGAUCUGAUCUGGACGCUUCACCUUUACUUUGCACAUCUGAGCACAUCUCGCCCUUUUGCCCAGCUUGCAACCGAUGCGGGAGUAAACCGCAUGCCACACGAACCCAACGCUGCGGGCUGGCCAGACACUCUGUCUUCACUAGACUGUAAGGCUUGACCGAGACACUCGACGGGGGACAAGGCGUACGCGGGACGACGCCACGAUUCCCGGUUUAGGCUUCGGCACAUUUGAUGGACAUCCCGAAUGGUGCCAUGUACCCGUCGUCCUGGUUCGCUUCUGUGUAACAAUGGUUCGUGAGCCAGGGGGCCGCUGUCACCAUCUGCCGCGCCCAUCUCGACCGUCUGAGAUCUGAUCAAGAGCCAUGGCUCUUGUCUCUUUUUCGGGACCACCGAUGAUAUACCAAAAGCCUGAAGCACGAUGAGUCUCCAGCAGCAGUAUGCCAUCUGGCGAGCAAAGAGCGAGAUCUCUGCCCGAACGGCUCGUGGAAUUUACACACCAACGGCCUUGUUCCACGAUACCAGAAGAUGCUGCAAGAUGCCGUUCUAUGACAUCGGCGAGGAGGGCGAAAACGGGGACGUUUUGGUUGCCCAAAGCAUGGACUUGGGCUUUCUCCAUUUCCCCAAGUUCCCCAGCCUGCGAGAAUGAGGCUCAACAAAGCGGGUAACAUCCUUGGAUUCAGAGUUCGAGGACAUCAGGGGUUUCAGGGCAGCCGGCUUUCGUGAUUCGGCGGUAUUGGCUGUACCUCCACAGGUGCACUAGCCGUCGCAAGUUCAUUCCUUCCAGAACCCGAAGGAUACUCCGGCUGCGUAACAUACCUAGUUUCCGACGGGCCGGUAGCGACGUCCCAAGUCCCUUGAUGUACUUGCCGCUCGACAAGGCACCUGUUUGCAAAGUCAGGGCGUCUCGGAGUGUCCCGGCUGUUUGGUACCCGUCAUUUAUGAAGACCCCGGCUGCAGACCAGCAUCAACAAAUGUCUGUAGCCGGAAACAAACACACAGGUAUCCGAUCGUAGCGAUUGAUUGCUCAAGACGGGCGAGAUUCAACGGCAACAUUUGGCGAACAGAGAUCUGAAGUUCCUCUGGAGAGAGAUUAGCACCACUCCGCCUGUCCAAUCACAGACCGACAAGCCAGAGGGCAGCUAAAACCCGUUCCCGCAAAGCACCUGAUGCUUUGGUACCUAGUGGCUCAAGGUGAAGCACAAUUGCCCCCACUUACUGAGGGGCUCUACCAGCAUCAACGAUGCUCGGAUGUGCUUGAUUUAGAUAUGGGGAUCCAUUUCCACAUUGACAACUCAGAAACCAAGCUCAAAAGCUCUACGCUUGGCACCCGAAGAUGAUGGUAUUUCAGCCCAGCCCGAACUGCUGUUUCUGCACAUUUCGAUGCACCAUCGUUUGGGUCUGGUGUUGAUGAGGAUGUUGCCAUCGACCACCAGCUCACCUUUGGAAUCCCCUGCCAUUCCCCAGCGUUAGUACGUUUUGGGUAGCUUUUGGCAAUCUUUGGCGUUUGGGUGGGCUUGACAACGCAACAAGCAGCCACUUUUCGAGCCGUCUGGUUCCCCAUGCUCCAGCCAUGGAGCAUGGAAACAUUGCUUUCCCCCCCUUGACCUGUUUCUCAGCAUUCUCAUCACGAUCUGGAAAGGGAACGCCAGUGGUGACUGAGAUUUUCGAACACUGCGCUCGACAAAUUUGUCUCUACACCCAGUGUACAAUGUGUAGCCCACUGGCGUUUGUGUUUUGUUAUACUCGGUUGGGGUGCCCUCUAGCUUCUGCAGCCUGUGUUGCUUCCUUCACACCGCAGUCCCAACUUGGGGCCAUGCUCUUUUCUACCUUGGUCUGCUGGAUUGCCCACAGUCCCAAAUUUUUUGUGGAAGUGUGGAUUCGGUCCCGAGUGGCAUCGGGUUCUGAUCAUCAAGGAUUGAUGACCUGGCAGCACAGAACCGCAGAGGCACGCAACACAAAAAGAAAAGACAUACCGAGGAGAGAAAGUGAAGAAGGGUUUACUUGCUAUCCACCACCUUGAACAGGCCCAAAAAGGAACAGAAGGACUACGUAGUUCGUAAAUCCGGCCAGUCCUCAAGGUGGACAUGUCAAAUACCCUUCGGGUAUUGUGGUGUCACUGGUCUUUUCUUUCUCAUCUCCCGGCUUGACCACUUGUUUCUGCCAGCAAAGAAGCUUUGCAAAAGUAUCCUUCCUCUGUUGAUUCUGCCUAUCUGGCUGUGUUAUUCGAAUGAUGCAGCUGUCCGCUUCUUUCCUCUAACGUCACUCGCCGAGUUUCUCUCACAGUCAAACAGGCCCAUAUCCACGCCCCUUCAACCGGGGAAGACAGCACAGACCUAACGGGCCAGGGCAGCCUGCAUUUUUUUUUUCUUAAUUAAGCAUCAAAUCUUCUCGAAUCUGGUUCGGACACGACAUUCUUUUGCUUCUCGCCUCUGUCACAGUCUCUGGGAGCGUAUCCAGCUUCUCCUCGCCGGACCGUUCCGGACUAUAAAACCAGACCGCCUGAGCCUAUUUCUUCCCCCACAUUCAUCUCAACACCUCACCCUUCACCGUUCGAAACAAAACAAUUUUCAUCCAAACAGCACAUUUGACGACACGAUACGAAUACACAUAUACUCGAUCCACACCUGAUACAACACAGCCCAUCCGAAAAUCACCACUUCCUCCUCUUCGAAAACUAUCACAUUACCGACCGUUUCACUUCGAGUCUGGUCCUCCGCAAAAUGGCGCCCAAGGCCAACACUAGCAAGACUCCCUGGCAAGAUUCCCUGGAGAGUACUUGCCACGACCUUCAAAUUGCCGCGCCGGUUUUCCAAAUUGUGUCUGACCGACGAGGUGGACGUACAGCAUGGUCCAGCAGGGUUACCGUUUACGGAGUGACUCACGAUGCCCGAUUUUGGUACGAUGGCAAGAACGUCAACAACGCCAAAGAAGAUGCUGCUGAGGUUGCUUACAAAUGGUUGAACGGCGCCUCUUCGAACCCCAGCUCACCCUCCACCACCCGAAGCGCAUGGUAAUGCGUUGGCUUGACAGCAAGAAGUUGAUGACGGGACGAAGAUUGAUGGUUCGGCUGCGGAACAGUCAGACGGCCGUCCGGGACCACUUUCGGAUCCCGUGAUGAGUGCUGCUUGGAGAUUCCGAGUCAAAUUGUCUCGAAACUCCGUUUUGGUCUUGCGUUUCAACACAUACCUACCAUUCACCGCCACCGCUUACACGAUCACGACUACUUUUCACGACACACGGAUUCUCGGGCUACACUUUCGGAUUACUUAUAUUUAACGACACUAACCAUUCCUCUUCGUUGUACAAUAACGACCCACACAACACACGCCGUGCUUAAUACUUUCGACCGACGUACACAAGAGGAGUUUUUGGAGGGAAAUCGACAUUGCCACACGACACACAACGGAAACUCUUAUCAUGACCUGGCGCAGACUUGUUUUGUUUUGAUGUUCUUUUUGGCUUAUGAAACAGAUUGACUUUGGUUUUGGCUUUUGUUUUUGUUUUUGUUUUCGGUUUCUUUAUUCACUUGGGAGGAAACUUAUCAAAGGCACAUCUGACGAUGAUUUAGGUCUACUUGGGAGUUCGCUGAUGGCCAGAUACCCCUGGGAGGCAUUGCUGAGUGGGUGGUUCUUUGGGCUGGAAGGCUUGUCUUUUUCAGCACAUGAACGGACACAUGGCUUUAACUCGAGAGGAUCUGGAGUCUUGGUGGAACUCACUGGCGGCUCGAAAUUGUUGGACUUUUAUGGAAAAUGGGAAUUGCAAAAUAUUGGGGUUUUUGGGUGGUUGUUCUGGCUGCUUGGUUUCUUUGUCUUUUCCUUGGCUGGCUUCGAGUUUCUCUCUUGUUUGGAUUUGAUGGUGGGGGGCGGAAUGAGGACGCUUGGGAGGCGGUAUGGAGGGCGGUUUGGUUGGUCUUUUACUGCGGCGUCUACUUCUGUUGUGGUCUUGGUCGGUUACAACUCUGUGACCUUGAGCUUGGCCCGGGCGGGAUGGAUGUAGCAGUGUUGGAUCGCACUACCGAAGCACCAUACUGUUGAACAAAGUAUUCGACAUGUCACCUAUCUUCAAGUCGAAAAGCAAGGGAAAGAUUACCGGGCCGAUAUCGACGACAACGGAUCGAGCUUCAGCACACCGCUUCGGAACAACCCAACGGCGAACGGUUUUAAAAACAUGUUAAAAAAAGGUGGAACUGGGCUGGGAUAUAAUGCAAGGAGGCUGGGAACAAGAUUGAUCCUUUUUUUUUAUUGGUAAAUGGCGGAGGAUAUGUUGGAAUUUGCUUUCAUCUAUCUCUAUUUUUUUCACGUUGAUAUCCGAGUUGUUUUCUGUUUUUUUUUUUGGUUUUCUUGAUGACAUGAGAUUGGAAAAGAAUUUUGUUGUUUUAGACUGUUAAUAUUUACUGGGUUUUUUUUUUCUUUCUUUUUUGGUUUGUUUGAACUCUUGUCUGUCUGUAUGUAUGUAUGUAUGUUUGUGUGCUUGUAUGCUUGCUGGUAUUUGUAGAUAUUGAAACUUACUAACAUCUUCACAGGAAAGCAAAGAGUGGAGGAGGAGGAAGGGUGGUUUGUGGGAGGUCGUUCGUGGCCAGGAUAGGAAAUGCCAAGCUUCUGACUUACACCGCUUCAAACCAAGGCUUUUUCCCGUGUUGUCGGGUCUCGACUAG